AUGUUCAAAGUUAUAAUCUUUGCCAUUCUCUUUGUUUCAUUCACAUUGGCCCAACCCCAAUUUCCAGGAUGCACCAAUGGAAACUCUGCUCAAACAUGUUUGAAGAUUGGUGCUAACUGUUCAACUACUGGUGACAAUGUAUUUGUUACAUGUGAGCGUGGAUCGUGGUGUGCCCCACUCGACCCAGUUGACAACAAGUUCCCAGGCGAGGGCACUUGCACUCGUUUCGUCGACCUUGGUGGUUACUGUAACAACGCUGCCAACAAGGCUUGCUACCCAGGAUUCACUUGCUACGGCAAUGAGGGUGCACCCUCCACCUGCCAGUGGGAGAGCUUUGCUACCCUUGGCCAGUCAUGUCAGUCAAAGGUCAGCUGUCAAUCCAGCAAUCAGCUGUGCCUCGAUGGCACCUGCCAAUUGAAGCCAGACACCAACUGCUCGAGCAACAUUGACUGCCCAUUCAACCAGUACUGCAUGCCAGAUCCAAAUGGAAAGUCAGGCGAUGCCCUCUGUGUCCCAGCUCUAGGCAACGGUGGCAACUGUUCAACCAACUCCAACGCCUGUGGCGUCGGCUUCAUCUGCUCGCCAACCACCACCGACAACACCGACUUUGCCUGUGUUGCCAUCAACUCCAAGGGUGCCGGCCAAGCAUGUGGUGGUAUCUCAAGAGGCUUCUCCCUGAUUGACGGUGUCCCCGAGGUUGAGUGUGACGUCUCUCAAUCCCUUGUCUGUCUGCGUGACAACACAAUGAAGUUGGUGUGCCAGUCUGUCGCCUCGAUGCCAUCUGGCGCCCAGAACUGCUCGUCACCAUCGACCAGCUGUCCCGCCUACUCCAACUGCGCAUGCAGCACAAUCAACUCUGAUAUGGGCGAGUGCUCCACAUACAACACCCUGGGCGCAUCUUGCUCAGACUCGAUCAACCAGCUCAUCAAGUGUGCCAUCGACAACAAGUGCCAGACCGUCGGCACUGACGCCAAGCCCAGCUGUCUCUACCAGCACUGCAACAACAUCAUCUGUAACAACCCAUGUGCUGCCAAGAGUCUCUACGACGCUCAAUCAUGUGGCUCAUACCCAGCCUACAGCGUGUGCCGCACCACCGCAUCAUCUUCAUCCUCAUUCAUCCGUCCCUCGAUGAUUGUUGCCCUCGUUGCCGUCCUUGUGGCCGCUGCCUUGUUCUAA